GGCAUCUCCGCCCUCGCCCUCGACGCGUCGACGCAGCUCGUGGGGCGCGCCGCGCCCGAGGGCAUGCUCUACACCGCCGGCCGGGACGGGAUGGUCAUCGCGUGGGACCUCGGCGUGCCCAUGCGCCCGCGAGCCCCGGCCCCGCCCGAUUUCAAGCCGAGGUGGGAGGCGAUGACGGGCUGGGCGGACGAGGGCGCGGAGGAGGACGAGGCCGAGCUUGACGAGACGUUGGGGACGUCGGGGGACGUGCUUGGGGAGGUCACGGCGGGGUUGAGGACGCGCAGGAGGCGGUUUAGCAGCGCGAGAGGGGAGGAACCGAUGCCGGUUGAGGAGCGGUGGGAGGCGGACGUGGCUAUGUAUGAGACGAUGGAGCCCUUGGAGAAGGUCGCGCAGUUCCGGCAGUCGGCGCAGAUGCACGCGGACUGGGUGAACGACGUUGCGCUGUGUAACAUGAACCAGACCGUCCUCACUGCCUCAUCCGACGGUACCGUCAAAGCGUGGAAUCCGCACUCGCUAGCCUCCCCAGAACCCUCCACGAUCGGCACCCACACUGACUAUGUCCGCUGUCUUGCGCCCUGCCGUGCGCAAUCAUGGGUCGCCUCCGGCUCGUUCGACCGCACCAUCAAGCUCUGGGAUCUUACGCGCCCCGCCUCCUCCUUCUCACAGUCGUCCUCAAGGCCGCUCACGACGCUCAACCCGCCCGACGCAGCGGGCGCGAAGGCGUCCGUGUAUGCGAUCGCCGCUGAUCCGUACGGGCACACGAUCGCGUCCGGCUCACCCGAGCGCGUCGUGCGCAUAUGGGACCCACGCUCGGGCAAGCGUGUCGCAAAGCUCGUAGGGCACACGGACAACAUCCGCUCCAUCCUCAUCUCGGAGGAUGCUCGAUACCUGCUCACAGGAUCUAGCGAUGCCUCCAUCAAGCUCUGGUCGCUCACCUCCCAACGCUGCCUGCACACCUUUACACACCACACCGAGUCCGUCUGGUCCUUGCACUCCUCUCACCCCACGCUCGAGGUCUUCUACUCCGGCGAUCGGUCCGGGCUCGUCUGCAAGGUCGACGUCGAGCGUUGCGCGGAAGUCGCGGAUGGCGAGGGCGUCCUCCUCUGCCAGGACCGCGGCGAGCAAGGCGGGUUCGAGGGCGUGCACGACCUCGUAGCGAUGGACGACCACCUCCUAUGGACCGCGACCGGCGCGUCGAGCGUCAAAAAGUGGCGCGUGCCGCCACGCCGCUCCGCGCGGGACGUCGUCGACUCGCCCGGCGGCAUGAUGACGCUCGAAUCGCCCCGCGGGUGGGGUGCCCACCACCGCACCUCCAUCAGCACAGACCACUCCCCCGCGCCGUCCGACCCCUUCCGGAGCGCGUCCCCCUCUCUCAACCUCCGCGCGCAGCACCGCAUGUCCGUCGCGGACUCGAUCCUCUCCCACCGCGACACCGAGCACGAACACGACGAGCCGACCCUGCACGGCAUCCCGCUCGAAAGCCUCGUCAAGCUCUCCUCGCCCAACGACCCGUUCGCGCUCGGCGCCUCCAUCGCUCGCGGGCGCGACCCCGAGGUCGCCACGCUCUACUCGGCCGCGAGCAUCAUGUCCGUCCCGAAACAGCAGCGCGCCGCGCGCUCGCCGCUCGGCGCCAUCUUCACCAACCACCCCACCACCGGCAACAACAACAACGGCAACAACAACGGGAUGCCGCUGGGUAGCCCGCGCCACGUGGACACAUCGGCGCGGGCGGAGUACGAGGAGCGCGAGGUCGCGGCGGACGCGGUGCCGCUCCGGGACGCGCCGGAGGAGGUGCUCGCCGGGGAACGCGGGCUCGUGCGCGCGGCGGUGCUGAACGACCGCAUGCACGCGCUCACGGUCGACACCGCGGGCGAGGUCGCGGUGUGGGAUCUGGUCCGGUGCGCGUGCGUCGGCCGGAUCGCGCGCGAGGACGUCGCGGCCGCCAGUCCGGCCGGCUCGGAAGGCGGGAGCGGCGACCGGGAACGGAGUCCGAGGGAGGCGCUCGAGACGGUGAGAGAGAGGAUCGAGGGCGAGGCGGUGGUCGUGCCGUGGUCGACGCUGGACACGAAGACGGGCGUGUUGAGCGUGCAUAUGACCGAGCGAUGCUUCGAAGCCGAGAUAUACGCGGACGAGAGCGGAUACGGACCCGAACGUCACUUCAACGACGAGCUGAGAUUGAGCAUCGGGAAAUGGAUCCUCCGCAACCUCUUCCUCGGUUUCAUUCGCGAAGAGCAGCGCAUCCACCGCCGACUGCGCGACGAGCAGCACGCUUUCAACGACGCCGCGAGCGGGCGGCGCAGCCUGCAUCGCGGACACGCGCCGGCGCAUAUCGACUUUUCGCACCUCUCCCGCCGCGGUGGAUCGGAGACGCCCGAGCCGGCGACGCCCACAACACCAGUCACGCCCGCGCGGCACUCGCCCGUCGCAAGCUCGACCGUGUUCACCGCCGCGCGGAUGCUGCCCGCGGUCGCGCCCGCCUCGCCACCGUCGGCCGGCGUGCGUUCCUCGCCGCUCAUCGCGCCCAUGAUCAGUCUCGCGAAGGACACCGGUGCCACGGUGCUCUCGCCGAUCCCUCAAUCUCCGAGCUCGGCCGUCGACGCGAACGCGACGCCAUCAGCGGCCGCGUCCCCACCGCGGGAUGCGGACUACUUUGCGCCGAGGGCCCGCACGUCGGCGGGGAACGCGACGCCGGAUGAGGCUGGCGCGGCUGGUCAGACGCCGAGUACGCCGAGCGCGGGCAAGUUGAUGGGCCGUAUCCGCGGAUUCAGGUGGCCGAAUAGCAGUCGACCGCCGAGCGAGUCGGGUCCACCCGGGAUGCUGCUCCCUUCCGAAGCGCCCAACAACUCCGAACAGCACGCAAGCGCGGAGGUGGCGCAGACACCUGUGCAGGCGCUGAUGGCGGGCGCGCUGAGCCCGCCGUCAAGCGCUGACGGGCCGCCGCUUUCGCUCCCGCCGUCGACGAUCGUGAUGAUCUCGGAGGAGGCACCGCCCGGCUGGCGGACGACGUACCGGGGCACGGUAUCAAGCGUUGGGCUGGACGUGCCCGCGCUGGAGGCCGCUGCGCCGAUGUGGCUGGCCGAAUACCUGCUGCUGAACAAGGUGCCGCCGAUCCCGGUCCUCAAGGUCGGAUUUGUGCUGCUCCCGUACCAAAGCAGGGAGCCGGCAGAGCGCCUUCCGGAGUUGCUGAACGCCGCGCAGUCUAAGCUUACUGCCAGUCGGUUCUUGCGAGUGCGCAAGCUGACGUACCACGUUCAAGAUAAAUUGGACAAGCUGACGGGCGGCAGCGCAGCCGUCUCGCGGGCCAACACGCCCCGCUCGUCUUUCGACGCCUCGAAGCGCAGCCCAUCCUCCACAUCUUUGGCGGGCCUGACCGUCUCCCGCCAGCAGGCGGAAGAAAACUUCGAAAUUCUGUGCAACGAUAUCGUGCUGCCCCUGGACAUGACGCUCGCCGCGGUGCGACAAUUUGUGUGGAAGUCGAGCGCGGAGCUCGUGAUGCAUUAUAGGCGCAGGGUGCCGCCUCUGCCGGCAGGCGCGAUGUUCACUCCGGGGAGCUCUCCUCGGUGACAAGACUCUACUGUAUAGAUCUAUUAUUGUAUGUAUUUCGCAAGCUUUGUUGAACCGUGUUUGUUCUGGUCCGCCGGGCCAAGAUAGUUCUCUCACGCCGCCCCAUCGACCUGACCCGGGAGCUGCGACGGUCGGGUCGAGUUCCUUGUGAGGAACCCGUUGUCGUCCAUCUCCUCGUACGUCCACGACCAAAAGUCGUCUGCCUCGUGGCGGUCGUACCAACCCGCCGACAACCAUCCGUGUAUCUGCCCCCGACACGGUCCCUCCAGCACCAUGAAGAACUCGCCAGUGCGCGCGCGAUGCGGCUUGCCCGCCGGCACGAUGAAGUACGGGGACAGCCGGAGGCAGCGGAGCGGCAGGCGCGUCCACACCUCGUUGUUUGCGCCCGCGGGCCAACCCGGCCAGUGCCGGUGCGCGAGGAUGAAGCGCAGCGUCUGCGCGUUCUGCGCGGUGUCGAGGUCGCCGCCGUUCGGCGCGAGUGCGAAUAUUUCGUCCCGGAGGUUGACCUUGAUGAAGAGCGCGCAUUCCUUGGUAUCCUGCUCCGCGCAGAAGCACGCGCCGUGUUCCGUAAUGGCACGGUUGCACGAACAGAAGCCGUGUGCGAAGAAGCGGACGGCGUGCGGCCAGUGAGUGCCAGGCGGAGGGCGACGGCUGGGCCACUCGGUGAGAAGGGUACGAUAGUCGUCCGGGAUGGAGCAGCCGGCCUUGCGCUCGACACUAUCGACAUAGGCAAGACGAGAGGCAAGAGCGAUCGGGUACGAACCGCUGUUCAACUCGUGGAAGCAGAGGCGGAGGAGGCGUAGUCGCUGCGGGG